AUGUACAACUACGUUCUACGGCAACCCAAUUGGCAACACUUUAGCGACGAUGUCAUCGCUGACGUAGUACAGCGCACAGGACGACCUGGCAGUUCAUUCGAUAUCCACGUCGUCAGAGUCUUGGAACGGUUCCCUCCUCCCGAACAAAAGACACAUGACAAAACGGGGAGGCAGGUCAUUACAUUGGGCCGGGAAACUUCAUGUCAAGAAGCAACUUUGCUUACCUCAACUACCGACAAGAAGAGAAAAUUGCAGCAAUUCCAAGAUUUCGACUCGACGUCUGUUAGUAAGCCCAAAUUGACCAAAGCCAUUGCUAAGCUUGUUUGCUCGGAACAGGCGCGUCAGCGUGAGCUCCGGCGACAGCGGCAGGUUCGGUACCGCAAGAAGAAAGACAAAUAUGAAAAAGAUCUGGCUGAAGAGAUUUGUCGUCUUCGACAAGAAAUCGGUCAGCUCGAGCUCCAAUUGCGGGCGGUCUCGUGCAUGAGUGCCAAGAUCAACUCUGACUGGGCAGCUGUUGCGGAGUAUUUUCGACUCUUCCGCUAUGGCAUCACGACGAGCUCUGCUAAAGCGCAACCUAACUUCCACGAGGCUUUCACAAGUUCAAAGGUGACUUCGAACUGUGCUAUCAAUACCCAAUAUGGACCAGAAGCAAUCAUUCGAACUUGGAGAUCCCUAUGUGAGAUGUUUGCUGACGUCGAGCUCGAACUGAAGAGUUUGGAAAAGGAAGAUGUGGGAACUCUUGUUGCCGCCACGAGAACUAGUGCGACUAUCACGGAGCAUACUCUCCGCACCGCGUUUCCACAUCUUCACCACGGUAAAAAUGUUACCGUGACGGAGAAACUUCUAGGACGGCGCAUCUCAGUGCGCAGUACCAUGAGAUUUUUGUGGGAUCCUACGCACCGGCGUAUAUCAAGCGUGAUGACCCAGUCAGAUUUGUUGACGCCUAUGCUUCGGCUUUUUAGGAGUUUAGAGAACGUAUCUGACGUGUACGAAGGGGCUAUGCUUUCUCUCGACUUCCAACUGAAGACAGACCCGUGA